AUUUUGAACAAAAUAAAAAAAAAUGAUGAUGGAAUCAAGAUCCACCAUAUUGCAACAUCAUCAACAACAACAACAACAAUCAAUGCCGACAACAUCAUCUAUUUCAUCAUCGAUGCUUGUUGGUAGUAAAUCUAAUUCAUCAUCAUUGAUUACGACGACAAUGAUAACCGAUUCUUCACCAAAUACAAGCAAUAGUAGUAGUAGUAGUAGUAGUAGUAGUAAUGGUAGUUUAGAAUCGGAUUCAUUAUUCUAUGAAAAAGAUCUUAAAGUGGACAAAAAAAUAUUGGCUAUCAUGAAUCAAGGUGGCAAUGACUAUCAUCCAUCAUUGAGCCAAUUUCUAUCUCGUAUAUCGAUUGAAACAAAUUGCCAUGUAGAUGUAUCGAAUUCAUUAAGAGAUCGACAAGGUAAUGAAAUACCGGUGCUAAAAGUAAGAGCGUGCAGUCAAAAAAGUUUAGAGGUUGCAUCAGCUCUUAUUAUGGAACGACUGGAUCCUCAUCGUGACAAAAUGACAUUCAAUAUCGACGUGCCCUAUAAUGACCAUUCAUAUAUCAUUGGUAAAGAUGGUACCCGUAUUAAACAAUUAUCUCGUAUGACUGGUUGCCAUAUUCAUUUACCUGAUUGUAAUAAAACUAGCAAUAAAAAAUCGAAUAAAUUAUCGAUUGCUGGUACGGAUUUUACAGCCAUUGAUAAAGCUCGUGAUCAGAUUCGAAAAUCAUUACCAUUGAAUAUUGGAUUCAAAGCACAGAUCAAAUCCGGUAAAUUUGUCAUUAUUGAUACGGCAAGCGCCGAAGUACAGGCUGUAAAACGAAAAUAUCGUGUUGAUGUAACAUUCACAAAUGUUAUUGCCGAUACUCGUAAUCCAGAAGUGACAAUCAAUGUUAAAGGUGGACGUGCACAACUGGAAGAAAUUGAAUCUGCCACUCGUGAACUGUAUCAAUUUGUUACUGAAGAAAAAUUGACCAAUGAUUCACAUGUAAUGUUUGCAAUAACAAUUGAUGUAAGCCAUUCACAUCAUCAAUAUGUGAAGGGAAAGAAUAAUUGCAAUCUUAAAGUUAUACAUCAACGUUCCGGUGCCAUGAUAAUAUUUCCAUCACAUGAAUCCAAUUGUAACCAGGUAAUAAUACAAAGUAGAAAUCUUCUAUCAACCGUAAUGGGAUGGCAAGAAUUGAUGGGCUAUCUGCCAUUAUUAUUGUCAUUUGAUAUUAAUUUCGAUAUUAAUGGCCAUCAAUCACAAUUACAAAAAUUGGAAAAAGAAUUUGGCGUUGGUAUUCGUACACGUGAAAAAUUAUCGGGCCAUGUUUAUACGGUUCUGAUUAAAACUCAGGAACGUCAUUCGACUUAUUUACAGGAGAUCCGACAAAGAAUCUUGAAUUUUAAGUAUAUGAAUGAAAACAAUUUAAUCAACGAAAACAAAGCCGUCUUGACAUUAGCGACUAUUGAUCAUCAUCAUCAUCAACAAAACAACAACAACCAGCAGCAACAACAACAACAACAACAAGAAUUAGCUGCCAGUAUGGCUUUGAUGAAUUUCGCCGCUACUUAUCGUAAUUCAUUUCCACCAAAUGUUCUACAACCAAUGAUUGACAAUAAUCUGAAAUCGAUCAAAUCUAAUCAUUCGAAUUGCCAAUCAGUCAAUAGCAAUGGUUUUCAUGAUCAAUCUCCGAGUUGUUCACUUUGUCAAACCAGUUGUCUAAAUGGAUUUUUGAGCAACGAUACAAGUCUGACAUCAUUGAAUGAUUCAUUACCGUUUUGUUCAUCAUCAUCAACAUCAUCUUUUAAUCCAUUUAAUUUUCGUGAAAAUUUUGAACUUACUACCGGUCAAUCGAAUGCUUUUGGUAAUAAAUUGAAUACAUUUAAUAAUCAGAUGUGUAAUGGUCUUUCGAAUGGCGGUAAUCUACAUACAACAACGAAUAAUAAUGGUCAUCAAUCAUCAUCAUUAUCGGGAUUCGUCAACGGUACAAUUGGAACAUCAUCAUCGACAAAUCAUAAUUCAUCAUGGCCAUCAUUGGUAACAACAAAUGGUAUUGGCAACAACAAUAAUCAUAUUCACCAAAAUAAUGAUCAUCAUCAUAAUAAUAAUAAUAAUGAUUAUUAUUAUAAUCAAUUACAAUCAAAUUUUUUAAAAUGUUCAACAUAUGAUGAAACGGCAAGCCAAAUGAAAAGUUAUUCAAGUGUUUUUAAAUAUUGAUUAUUGAAAUCGAACCAUUUCAUUACUACAAAUGGUGGUAACAAUUGGUAAAUUUUUGAAUAUCUAUCUAUCUAAGGUGUGCCGAUAUGAAUCGUGAAUGCCAAUAAUGAUGAUCCAUGAUAUACAAUGACAUUUGUUAUCAAUAUUUUUUCAAAAUCUCUUUUUUGGCAAUAUGAAUGUUGUAUUUUAUAAUAAUUUCUAUCAACAAACAAAAAAAACAAAAAUCAUUUUGGAUGAAUGAAUGAAUGAAUCACAACACAUCCAUAUAAUAACUGUGAGUUCCUUUGAUAUAUAUUUAUAGAUUUUUAUUGUUAUUGAACAAAAAAAAAUUUCUGUUAUAUUCAAUUAUUUUGAAUUUUCAAUAAUAAACGUUUGAAUGUUUGAAUCACA